UCCUUUCCUUUGCUCCCGGCUCCUCCUUCGACCGCGGGGUUUGUCCCCCAGCCUUCCCACUCCCUUUGCCCACUCUGCCUCCCUCCAAAGCUGUCAGUGCGGUGGUGGCAGCAAGAGCUCCUCCUCCUCCUCCUCUCCCUCCUUCUCCGCGGCGCCCGGCUCCAACGAGCCCUACAGCAGCAGCAGAUAUGAUGACUCAACUGAAAACUCAGCUUUUCUUUGGCUUCCUGUGCCACGCAGCUUGCUCCCUUGUCUAUGGCUUCCCUGUUGAUUCUGGGACCGAGUUCCGCUCUGCUUUCUCAGUUGCUCGAACCAGCAGCAUGGAAGGUAGCACUGAAAUGGUGAUCACCUUUGAUAAGGUCUAUGUGAAUAUUGGUAAUGACUUUGACCCCAAAGCUGGGUUAUUCCGAUGCCGUAUACCUGGAGCCUAUUACUUCUCCUUCACAGUUGGGAAAUACCCCAAGAAAAAUUUGUCAGUCAUGCUGAUGAGAAACAAGAAUGAGGUUCAAGCAAUUGUGUACGAUGAACAUCACCGUAAAGAGAGAAAAGUGGCAAGCCAGAGCGCUAUGUUGCAAUUGGACUAUGGCGACACAGUCUGGCUGCGUUUACAUGGGGAUCCCAAGUAUGCUCUCUACAGUAAUGUGGGCCCCUAUACAACUUUCAAUGGGUACCUUAUCUAUCCAGACACUUCGAGCUAUUUUCAAAACACAGUGGUCUCACAGGAGAUAGGAGAACCGUCAGGGCCUCCCCCUCGUGUCAUUCAGCAGCUUUCCAUGAACCAGAAUGAAAUCUCAGAGAAGCACCUGCUUUCUGACCAACCCAGUAGAUCACAGGAUCCUCGCUCAGCAUUUUCUGCUGCCCGUUCUGAAAGCCUCCUGGGGUCAGAUGAGAAGCAAACCCAGCAUGAACCGAUCACAUUUGACACAGAGUUUGUGAACAUUGGGAAAGAUUUCAACUUCUCAAGUGGCAUCUUCACAUGUCGUAUUCCAGGCGCCUACUAUUUUUCCUUCACUAUUGGCAAGAUGCCCUUUAAGACCAUGUCAGUGAAACUGAUGAAGAACCACAAUGAAGUUCAAGCAAUGAUCUAUGAUGACAAUCACUCCAAACGACGGGAAAUGCAAAGUCAAAGCAUUAUGCUCCCCCUGCAAUAUGGAGAUACUGUCUGGCUCUACAGUCACCAGCAUGAUGGCUAUGGUGCCUAUAGCAACCAUGGAAAAUACAUCACCUUCACUGGGUUCCUUAUCUAUCCUGAGACUAAGCCAAAACCACCACCUGAUGUCAUCCUGUCUCCAGGAUCAAGGCUCUAAAUGUCAACACAGAAAGAGCACAAAAGAAGUUGAGAUGCAGCAGACUCUGGUGCAAAUCCUGGACGGAUGCCACCCUUUACAUGACAGUGUCAAGAGCAUGCUAUUGUAUGUCCAGUGCAUUCCUUAUGCUGCACGUUUGUGUCCUGCUUGCAGAGCCAUCGUCGUUUCUCCCAUUCAUCCAUAGAAUGACCUUUGCGGGAUAAUGUGUGUUUUGUUCAUUAUUGCUGUUUGAUUAGAGCAUUAAGCAUGAGAUAGUUUGGGGAGUAGAAGGCAUAGGGGCAGAAAAAGAUGUGGAUUAGAAAGUGUUAUAGAAAUGCUGGGAGAGUGGAUUGUCUCUUUAUCUCUCUCGCUUUCUCCCUGCAAGUCACUCAGAAAUUGAUCGCAGCUUCUGCAAACCAGACAUAUUGAUAAGGGGACAAAUGUGAUUGAACGAUGAACUCAAUAAAGCUUGAGACAAAAAAUA